GUUUGCUGAGACGAAGGUCUGUCUGCAGGUCCAAAACCCAAGGACAUAUACCUCUCACUUUUCUAAACAAUGAUGUUUGUAGUCUUUACAAAUAUAAAACGGGCCAUUUACCCGGGAAAACCUUUACACGUAGACGAAGCCGCGAACAGAAACUAGUAAAAUAUGUAGAUGUAUUAUUGUAACAAUGUAUUAUUAAUUAUAAAGUAUUGUGUCACUUGUUAAAAAUCAUCCAAAUGAGGAUAUUGAAUAUUAAAUAUUUUUCCUCAACAAAAUUAAAUAAACAUCCCGUUCAGUUAUUGUAUGUAACUAGAAGUGAACACAAAUGUAAAACUCAAAUAUGUAUACUAUUAGUUUAAUAAUUUUGUUUUUGUGUGCUGCAGAUGGAUUAGCUCCAAAAUGUACUAAAGCUGAGAACUUUAAACAGAAUUGUAAAGAUAAGAAACUCAUUUUACUUCUUAAUACAUCUAACUCUCAAGACAUUAAUCAAUUUAAAACAUUCUCCGAUGAUGUUGAAGUUAUCGAUGAUAUAUGUCCUGGAGGUGUCCAGGGACUUAUUGCAGCAACCACGGUGCUCCGAAAUUGUUACAUCGUUAACCUAAAUGUUUCUGAUUUCUAUAAAUUUGCAUUCAAUAAGGUUUCACAGUAUUUAUUAUAUGGAGGCGACAGAAACCACUCCCAAUAUGAAAUUGAAGCUUGCGUCGUAAAACUCGACACUCCAAAUAUAAUUUGCAAUAAUAAUACAAUCAAAAAAUUCUCGUACCCUUCCGUAAAACUAAUGAGUGAAAAUGUAGAGGACUAUCAUGAAUUAUACAACGCCGUCCUAAAUUUUCCUAACAAAAGUCACGUCGAAAAGCAUGAAGAAAAGGCAACAAGCAACUUUGUUAUACUCAUAUGUACCGACAACGAGCCGAAUGAGGUUUCCAAACAUUAUGUUGGAAAUGAUAUAAAAUUUUCUACUCAUUGCGAACGUGACAUUGAAAUAUAUCAAAAAGAUCUUUUAGCCGUUGUGACGGCGAAACCUUUAGAAAUCGAUUACGACAUUAUGGUGCCGAUUAUGCUGUAUCAAGCUCCGUGUUAUGAUGAAAAUAUUUCUAAAAUUCAUAAUUACGUGACAAUGACUAAAUGCGACCAUUAUAAACUUGCGUUGGUGGAGUUUUUGAAGAGUGUUGGGUGGACUAGAGUGGCUGUCGUCUCCGAUAAUGCAGCAUAUAGUGAGAAAUUUGAACGAGAAGUCACGGCUCUGUUUGACGAGAACCAAUUUGCUUAUACAGUUGUAAAAUGUCAUGAAUCACUCAAGAGGGGAUGUAACUUUACUGAGGCGCUGGAAUCACUCAAAAAGUCGGACGGAAGGGUGUUCAUCGCAAAUAUGGACGAAAAUAACGCUAGAAUUCUACAACAGCAAGCCUCACAUGUUUGGACGGGGUAUAAUUUUCUAUCGUCAUGGAUCUUCAAAGGUUUCAUGUUAACAGGAGAUACUGAGGCUAUGGGUGACGUUUACUCCAUAUUUCUGGAGCCAGAAAACAACCAGAUUAUGACCAAUACGCUUCAACAUAUUUUGAAUGAUAUACGAUACAAGAACAAUAUAAUUACGGCGAUUAAAAUGAUUCGUACCGCUUAUACUAGAAUUUGGCGUCGAUACAAUGAAAUGGAAAGAAAAAUUUUUUUUAGGAAUUUAACUAACAAAAUACGGAAGCAACUAUCAUCAGGUGCCAAAGUAAAUGUCCAUUUGAAAAGCCCGCGAGAAGUUUUUACCGAAAUGACCAUCAUGGAUGGUAAAGUGACCAUCCACUAUAAGAGACAGCGUCGACGUGAAGAUAUGACUAGUUGCUCUUUUAGAAGAAAUGAUUACCACAACCCGUGCGAUGACCAUACACUUCUGAACAUAAUGAUAGUUUUCGUUGUGAUUGCUUCGUGUGGCCUGGUGGCGGCCAUUUUCUACAACAGGUUUGAUUUUAACUUUCGGCAGUAUAUAAACCUUGAAUAAUAAAGGCUCCGUCAAGCCCUCGCCAGACAGAGCGUGGCUAAGUGUGAUAUGCACUUCGAGUGGUGACCGCGUGCUCUGGACAUACUGGUUCCUAUAAUGAUAUCUCCCCAAAACUUGAUAAAGAAGUCUGAGAAAUUGGCUUUUUACUAAAAUGAAAUAAUAUACAAGAGUACAAGGUAUUAAAACCAGCCAAAGUGGCCCACGUGAGUGUGUCGCAUUCCGGAAUCAGUGCGUGUAUCCGGUUGCAACAGGCCGGCAUAAUUAUGUCGACUACCGAGGGGUAAUCAUCUCUCGUCGGUCGACAUUCUAUUGGACCCCACUUCACUCAGCAUCAGGUGCGAUGGGGUCACUUUGCCGUGUUAGUUUAUAAAAAUAUAUACAUGGAACCUAACAAACGUCCUGGAGCUUUUCACUAUUAAAAAAAGUACCACACGUUUUUAAACAAAAUCAGAAAAUAUAAAAAUUUUAAGCUAGGUCACUUUAGUUCUCAGCGUGCUAUAUUACAAGCCACGCUCUCUGUCUGGCGAGGUAGAACAGGCGUUUCUUGCCCGUUGAAAUAAGUGUUAACUAACAUCGAUUUUAUAAAAAAAAACUUAAUUGUGCUCUUACGCGUUUGACUACGACCUUUUGCAAUAUGCGUAAUAGGUUUGUAAUAUGCGUGCGUAAAAUUGUUUUUAGGGAGGUGCAACUGCAAUCUACACACUAUACUGCCGUGCUAAGCGCAAAAGCGGUAUGUAAGGGAAACCUUAUUUCGAGAUAAUCGAAGUUUUGUAAAUAUAGUUUUAUAGUUUUGUAUGUAAAAUUGAGAUAGAGAAACUCUUUUAAGGUUAUUUUUAACAAGUUCUAAACAAGAUACCGUUAUUUAGGUAAGUUCAUUGGAUAAGUAUUUGUUUAAGCUGUCUGAAGACAUAAAAAUCGCUGUUUCGAUUUCAUUUUUAAGAUACGACUUUUGAACUCGGCAUGGCAGUAUAGAAGGUACUACAUAAUAUCAUUAUUUUUUUAAUUUUUCCCUUUAUUAUUCAGUUAUUUCUAUUGUAAUUUGUUACGGACAUGUACACGUGCACCCCCUUGCAUCCUCCUCCAGCGCCCAUGUGCGCGUACCUUGCGUCUUGAAGAAGCGUUCAAACGCGCUUACUACAAGAAAAUUAAUUCAGUAUUAAACAUGAAAUUUUCGACGCAAUAUUCGUUUUGUUUGCACCUAAUUGUACAGAAAAUGAUUAAGGAUAAAUAUAACAAUAUUAUUGAAACGGACAUUAUAAUUAAGCCGUCUAAAUUAAUUAGAAUUCGCGUUAUUUUUACUUGUAUUGAAUAAAUUAAUGUAUAAAGAAUUUAAGCAAAAUGUUAUCCCGAGUAUUUAUAUGUCGUCGAAAUAAAUAAGGAAAAUACUCUA